AGUGCAUGCUUUGGUGCUUUCAUACUUCAGCCAGUUUUCCUCUUCUUCUCCUUUUGUCAAAGAUGCAGGUUGUAAGUCGAAAAAGAUCACUUUGGAUUUACUUUCUUCUGCUCACCUUUUUACAACUCUGGGGAAGACUUUCUUCUUCUUCUUCCACUUCCUCUCCCACUCUUCCAGCACCUUCCCUGGGCAUCUACUUCAGGUCAGAGGCCUCUUUGGUCUUGACUUGUAAGGUCCCACAGGGCUACAAUGGGGUUCUGUUCAUGUUAUACAGGAUCACAGAUAAGGUUGACUCUCAGGAGCUGCAGUCUGGUGCUGAGGAAGUUCACUUCACUGUCGAGGUGAAAGAAGAUCAUUCAGAAGAACUGUACUGCUGCCUCUACAAGGACAACGACGGUCUCUUCAGUGCAUUUAGUCCAUAUUUGCGGCUGGAACACCAAAAAGAAGCUGUCCCCACUCAGUCUCCACCCCUUUUCCCACCUCCAGUCUUGUCUGUGGUGCCAUCAACUGGUGUGGUAAAAUGUGGGGACAUGUUGUCCUUCACCUGCUCCGUCCCCACUCCUAUACCUCAGUCUCAGUCCCAGUCGGGCGUUACAAACACACCAGUGACCUUCCAUCUGCUGAGGACUGCUGAGCAAACAGGGGCGGCCUCUGUUCUCCUGCAGCCUCAGGCCAGUCUGGUGUCAGGUCCCGAGCGUCCGUCUGGAGUUUUUUCUGUGGGGCCCGUGCGAGGAGGAGAUGAUGGAGUGUACACCUGCAUGUACCAGAUCACCAACAAAAGGCAGUUGGUUAAUUCAACGGUCAGCAAUGUGAUUCAAGUGACUGUCAAAGACAUGCUUCCACCGCCCACUCUUGUUCUCCACCAGCAGACGGACGUUUGGCAUUUACUCUGCGUGGGUUCUCCUUCAUACCCGGGUGCCGUGUUCUCCCUCUGCCUGGCAGACAGUGAGCAUCCCAUCGACACUGUCCACGCCAAAAUGAUCCACCAUCAGGCCUCUUUCCCAGUGCCUGUCCAAGACGCUGCAGUGGUUUUGUACCAGUGUCAGUACAGCGUGCUUCUGGGAAAGAAGUGGAGCAGAUCAGAGCCCAGCCAACCUCUCGCUGUAACCAGAGAACGUUCUCCUCCUCCAUCAUCAGGUUUGCCAGGUGUGGACUGGCCUCUCGUUCUUGGGUGUUUCUCUGCUGUGGUAUUAGUCCUCUGCUCUGUGGCACUGGCAGUUAUAGUGACACACAGGAAAGUAAAAGCAGCAGCUGAAAAGAAGAAGAACAGACAGGAUGCACAGUUCUGGACUCAGGUCCACGCUAAGGAUCAUGUUGUUGGUGAGGUUUUUAUUUUCAGAGUCGCGCUUUCAACUCCUUCCUCCAAAAUUAAACCAUUUUGGUUCCUUUUAUUCACAUUUCUCUUAUUUCUUCUGGGGAAAUGUCUGCAUACUUUUGUUUUCCCAAGUAAUGAAACACGAAACAGUUGGCUGACUGUUGCUGUGCCUUGUUGUUGUUGCAGACCUUACACUCCGGCGUUCAAGCUUCAACUCUCAGGUAAAUAUUAAUCAAAGCCUGGACCUCCACUCCACAAUUCUUUGAUAAAUUAUUAGCUAUCGUUGUUUGAUUUUAACCUCCCGCUUUUUCAAAGCUGCAGCUCUCUGACAUUCAUCCGUCUCUUUCCUUUCUUGUUUUUCUUGCAUUUCUUGCA